AUGCUCAACGACAACAUCACCACGUGGCUCAACAAGUCGUCCUUCCGGAACAGCGACGGCAAAAAGGUUCACGCCGGUGUCAAGGAUAAGUUCGACCACUGUCUCGACGCCCCCAAUUACACCGUCUUCUCCAACAUGACUUCCGCCCAGCAAUGGAACGACGACGGCCUUCAGGAGACUGGGUUCAAAUCCGUCACACCUCUCGAGUCCCCCCACAACUUGAUUCACUUGGCCACCUCAUAUUCUGGCGCUGGCAGAAGAAACACAAUAAGGAGCACUCGCUCGAGAUCAUCCAGGGCUACCCCGGCACCAACUCCGUCGACAACCAGGGCCCGACGCCCCGGCGUGGCUGGCGGCACCUGGCUCACCCUCGACAGCCCGCUCGACCCGUUCAGGAACCCUCACGGCGCGGACAAGGCAAUGACGUCCAGGGAUGUGGUCAACAUUGCCGAGUUGGGCUACGCCUACGACUUUCCUGACCCGCCGGCGCGGGUCGGCGAGCCUCAUGGUCCGAGUCCCGUGUUGACCGUCAGCGGUAUCAACCGCGCCGCCAUCGCCAUUGGAGGGUCCUUUGUCGUUUCCGCCUGGGCCACGUUGAAGAGCGGAGAAAAGGUGCUGGUUGGGACGGAGGCUGUGUUGAGUCGAUGGCACGUAUCUGGGUGCAAGAAUUGCCAGAACCAUUUGGAGGUUAGAACGCAUAUACCGGUUGAGGGCUGGACGAAGAAGGAUACGGACAAGAUGGAGUUUGAGAUUGGGCUGCAUACUCGGAACUUGAGCGGUGUUCCCAGGGAUGGGCCGGGCGAAGGGAUCCAGAAGCCGAGAUUCGGCCUUGAGACUGAUCAUUUGUAGUUGCUCUUUGUUAGGAUUGGUUAAAAGCUUCCUCUCGAGACUUGUUCAAUUCAUUCUGCAUCCCGUUUGAUACAAACAUGAUGGCUUGGAAAUUUAGCCCUAUCUCUGUAGUAAUUAUCAAAAAGUG